CUGCCGCACGGCCAGCCGCCGUCUCCCCUCUCUCCCAGCAGUUAUUGCAGGUGAGAGGUCAGGACAAGCUUGAAGGAGGCUGCCGCUUUAAGGCUAUCUAGGGGGCGUGUGGCGACGUCACGGGGGUAAAUGGUGGAGAACAUUUCUCAGAGUCUGUGCGGCUGAAUGACAGCUGGUUUCAUCAGAAUUAACUAAAGCUGUACUCCCCCCAGCUACAUUCCGGGUCCGGACCGAACCAGCACCACACGGCAGCUCCGCUGGAAGCAGCAAAGCCUUCGCCCGCCGCAGAUCGCUUCACCUACGCUGACCUCGACCGGCGCACAAGCAUUUUUUUUUUUAAACAGUUUUGCCCAGAUCAUCUGGGGAUCAGCCACGGCAGACACGUUGUAGCGUUCAGAUCACUUUUCUCUACGGCUGUUUGUGCGACUCGGUGCCUUAUUACAACGUGACUGCCACGACACUAAGACUGCCGAGGGCUUUGUCGGCGUGUACGGGUUUUUGUUUUUUUGAUUCACGGAAAAAAAAACAAACUUUGGCUUACUCGCUGUCCAAGCGUGCAAUCGGAUACUUUUUUUUAAAGUGCAACGCUGAAGCCACCGGGAUUUCGGUAACACAUGAUGUACACGAUCACCAGGGGUCCCAGCAAACUUGUGACACAGCGGAGAACAGGUCCUACGCAGCAAAUAGAGAACAAAAUUAACGACCUGAAACACAAACAGGCCCACUGGUCAGCGGCACACUCUCCGGCACCCAAGCUCGUGUUUAACCGCCUGAACGGGAAGAAGACCCCCACGCUGACGCCUCAGACAGACUCGCAGGGAGAGGGCUACACGCCGGCGCACGAGGAAAAUGUCAAGUUCGUAUACGAAGCCUGGCAGGACGUAGAGCAGCGGAUGGGAGAUGGGAGACAGGCCGAGAAUGGACAGGGACCAGUCCAGUACACAGAGAAGAGCCCCAGCCCCAGCACGAAGAAUUUCGUGCCCAUCGACCUGGACGAAUGGUGGGCUCAGAGGUUCCUGGCCAACAUUGUGAAUCUUUCGUGAAGAGAAGCCGGUUUUGGCUGCAAAAGCCGACGUCUGGACUCAGGGGACUCCGCGAGAUAUCUGCAGAGAGCCUGGUGUGGCUCGAACUCCCACACUGCCAUGACAUUCCCUUGGCAACAUGUGGCUGAACUCUGACCCCCCCCAAGCCCCUCCCCCCACGCCACAACACCACGGAGUGUCUUCUACCUGCUGGCCAAUCAGAGGAUCGCUGUUCUUUUUUUAACAGAUACUGUUGCGAGAAGAGAUGUCUCUAUCACUUGGCUGGUAGUUGCUUAAAGUAAAUGGUAUUUUCAGUAAUACAGCGAGUGCUGAAAUUAUUGCAUUUUUUUUCCCAAAUUCCCCGAAAAUUUAAUCCGUAGGGUCCCAUCUCUCACCUGCUUUUUGUUAUAACAGAAUCAUGAAUUUACUUUAUACAAAUUUAUCCUUGGGUGUUUAGCUGCCAAGAGAUUCACCCAGCUGAUCGUCAUUCAGUUUAACCUCAGGUUGUUUAAUAAACUGUUGUUCUCCUAAA